ACAUUACAGCGACGUCAUCACAAACGCCAUUUGUAGUUACGACUUGCCGCAGUAAAUCAGCUUCACCAUGGCACAGGGACAAACGGUUAUAGUCCAGCCUGGUGCGCUCGGUCAACCAGCACUAGUCCCCCAGAAGAGGCUGUGGUCAUCAAAACUGUUCGGCUGCUUUGAGGACAUGGGUUUAUGUCUCUGCGGGACGUUUUGUGGCACAUGCCUUAUGUGCCAGAUAGCUUCGAAGAUGGGUGAAAACUGCUGUGUUCCUAUCUGUGUUCCUAACGCCAUUGUCACAAUGAGAACAGCUGUGAGAGAGAGACACAAUAUUCAGGGAAGCAUAAUGAGUGACUUCUGCACAUCCGCCUUCCUGGGCUCCUGUGUGGCCUGUCAACUUGCCCGUGAGCUCAAGUAUACCGGCGAAUGGCAGAUUAACUAAUUAUGUACAAUAUAGAAGCUUGGAAAUAAAGUUAUUUUAAUUCCUA